AUGGCUGCGGAACACUUUGUCCUCCGUGGCAAAAAGAUAGUCGCCAUCGGCCGCAACUACGCUGAGCACAUCAAGGAACUUAGCAACGAUGCCCCCAAGGAGCCCAUGUUCUUCCUCAAGCCCACCACCAGCUAUCUUCCCUCGGGUGGCAACGUCCAGAUCCCCCGCGGCGUUACAGCGCACUACGAAGGUCCGUCUGCCCUCUCACUCGUAUCACCUUCCAAACCGACCUGCCUUGCAGUUGAACUCGGCCUUGUCAUCGGCAAGACCAGUCGCGACGUCUCUCAGGCCGCCGCCGACGCCCACAUUGCUGGCUAUGCCUUGGCUGUUGACAUGACAGCGAGGAAUAUGCAGGACGAGGUCAAAAAGCGCCGCCACCCUUGGACCGCCGUAAAGGGCUUUGACACAUUCACGCCCAUCAGUUCGUACAUCCCCAAAUCAGCCGUAGCGGACCCGGACAACCUCACCCUCACCCUCAAGGUGAACGGUGUCACUAAGCAGGACGGCAACACCAACCAGAUGAUAUUCAAGAUUCCCCGCCUCAUCGAGCACGUCUCCUCCAUCAUGACCCUCGAGGAAGGGGACCUUGUACUCACGGGUACGCCCUCAGGCGUCGGCGCGAUCGUCCCCGGUGACCGCGUCGAAUGCACACUGACUGACGCGAGCGGCAAGCAGCUGGCGUCCGUGGGCUUCACCGCCGUGCAGCGCGAGGGCGGGUACCAUUUUGUUCCAGAGCAAUGA